UAUGCUGCCAUUUGUAAGCCAUUGCUCUAUUCAUCAAUUAUGUCUCCCAUCCUGUGUGUUCGUAUGGUGUUGGGAGCCUAUGUGGCUGGAUUCUUUGGUACUUUAUCCCUAUCAUGUUCUUUGCUUCAGCUCCACUUCUGUGGGCCUAAUGUCAUCAGACACUUCUUCUGUGAUAUGCCCCAACUUUUAAUGCUAUCCUGCACUGACACUUUCUUUGUGCAAGUCUUGACUGUUAUAUUAACAAUGAUCUUUGGGAUAGCAAGUGUCUUAGUUAUCUUGAUAUCUUAUAUCUAUAUUGUCAUUUCCAUUUUGAAAAUCACUACAUCUAAAGGCAGGUCCAAGGCAUUCAACACCUGUGCUUCUCAUCUGACAGCUGUUUCCCUCUUCUAUAUCUCAGCUAACUUUGUCUAUUUCAGUUCCAGUUCUGGUGGUUCCUCCAGCUUUGACAGAUUUGCAUCAGUCUUCUACACUGUGGUGAUUCCCAUGUUGAAUCCCUUGANCUAG